UGCGCGCGGGCCCGGCCCGGGGCAGGGCGGACAUGGGCGCCAAGCAGAGCGGCCCGGCCGCUGCUAACGGCCGCGCUCGGGCGUACUCGGGCUCGGAUUUACCUUCCAGCAGUAGCGGAGGGACCAAUGGGACUGCGGGCGGCGGCGGCGGCGGCGGGGCUCGGGCCCCGGCCGCUGGGAGGUUUCCGACUCAGGUGCCCAGCACGCAGCAGCCUAGCGCUUCGGGCGGCGCCGCGGCUGCCUCGGCGGCCCCGCGCAGCCGCUCCCUCGGCGGGGCCGUGGGGACUGUGGCGUCGGGGGCCCGCGCCGCGCAGUCCUCCUUCAGCAUCCCCAACAGCAGCAGCGGACCGUACGGCUCGCAGGACUCGGUGCACAGCAGCCCAGAGGACGGCGGCAGCGGCGGCGGCAGGGACCGGGCGGCGGGCGGGGGCCCCGGCGGGCCGCGCCUGGUGAUCGGCUCCUUACCAGCUCACCUCUCGCCGCACAUGUUUGGAGGAUUUAAGUGCCCUGUAUGCUCAAAAUUUGUACCCUCAGAUGAAAUGGAUUUACAUCUUGUCAUGUGUUUAACAAAGCCAAGAAUAACCUAUAAUGAGGAUGUACUGAGUAAAGAUGCUGGAGAAUGUGCAAUAUGCCUUGAAGAACUGCAGCAGGGAGAUACUAUAGCACGACUGCCUUGUCUAUGCAUAUACCAUAAAGGCUGCAUAGAUGAAUGGUUUGAAGUAAAUAGAUCUUGCCCUGAGCACCCUUCAGAUUAAGCAUCAGAUUCCUGUUUUAUAGGUUUUCUUGUCUUUUCAAGAUGCUUGAAAAACCUAGAGGAUAUGAGGCUCUGUCUCUGGAAAAAUAAAAAUGCCGGCAUACUCAGCCAGAAAUCUGAGUUCUGUGAGACUCCAAAAUACAGAGAUGGACAAUCAUACCGAAAAAAAAAAAAAAGAAAA